ACCAUACAUCGCAUUUCCACUGGGUCAAACUCCUUCCUUGUUAGUAUGGUAAACAGUCAAAACUGUACAUUUUAUAUUUCAAUAAGCUGUCAUAAUGGGAGAUAAAGCCUGCAACAGCAGGACAUAUACUGAAGGACUCGACUGUUGUAUAAAUUAUUUCCUACGAAACAAGAGUUGCCACCCCUGUCAGCCGGGAACCUUUGGAUUUAACUGCACUGACCACUGUUCACCUGGAUCUUAUGGGGAUUUUUGCGGGCAAAACUGCACGGACUGUCUAAAGGAGGAUUGUCACUACACUUACGGAUGUCCAAAAAUGGUAACAACAACUGAAAUAGAAACAACUAAUAUUCCCUCAACUGUGUCAUCGUCAUUAUCGAAAUCGGUUGAAACUUUAGUGUCUACAACUGUAAAGGUUUUGCCAACAGUAUUCACAAGAGAAUUCACACAGCCACCGAAUGUAGUAUUAAAGGAACAGACUAAUAACCUGUAUAUAGUACUGAUAGGGGCAGGGGUCAUCAUAUUUCUCCUACUUCUAAUACUUCUUGCAGUAUUGAGGAGAUUGUGCGUUAUACACACGCAUAAAAACAAUCCGAAAAAUGAAAUUGAAUCGAUUUUUGUAAAGAACGAAAACGAAGAGGACGAAUACCAGGAAAUUAACUUUGAUGGCACUAUGGUUAAUCAUGGCGAUGUGUCGGGCAACCGUUACAAUAUCAUAAUGGAGGAGUUAACACGAUCAAGAAGUACCAAGUAUCAAGAAAUCGGACCUAAAAUAGAUAAGGAAGGAAAGUCAGCCUAUUCCCAUUAUCACGAAGUUGACAAUGAAAAUAGUUCCUCAAAUGAAAAUAAUGGAGGAUAUAUAGAACCAGAAUCACGAAGACCGACUCACUCCUAUAUAGAGGUGAUAGAGCCUAUGAUACAUGCAUCCGAUCCUGCAAAUAGUGACCAGGACGGGGGUAGCUCAGAUAAAUCUGACCACUUAGAGGAGUAUCAAGAUACUAUGAAUAUAGAAACCAGUGAUAAAUCAUGUUCAGAUGAUGUAAAUGAGUCAAAACCUCACGAUUCUAGCAUGAGUGAUACGUAUCUCGACGUUGUGCACGCCACCACGACAAUAUUUGAAGGAGACAAUGAUUCUACUAUGUUCACACAUCCUGGAUUUACUCAUUCCAUUGAACCAGUUACCUGUAUGGAUCGCCCGAUACCCAAUAAAGGAAUGAUUUCAAAAAUGAUCAUAAUUAACGGAAGCGUCAUCAUUGCUUUGCUUUUGGUGCUCAUUAUCACUAUAUCUAUCAGAAAGUAUUUGAUGUUCCUGUACUGGAAAAGAAACGUGAAGUUAGAUCAUGCUCCACUAACCAUGAUUAAUCCAGUUUAUUCGGAAGCUGAAGGGGUGUCUGGAGAUUAUAUCUAUAUAAAGCAAAACAAGCGAAAUAACGAAGGUGAUUCUAGAGGAAAACAUCCGAGUUGUAGAGAGGAAUUGGGGUUAAUGUGUUUCAAAGUAUGAACCUUUGAAGAAUAAAUCACUACUGCUCAUCGAGAUAAUGUUUUAAAAGAAAACAAAGCAGACUCUAAGAAAAAUACCCUAGAGGUAAUGAAAUAAUUGACGAUGAUGUUAUUUCAAACAUUGUGUAAAUCUAUUUGUAUCAGUCAGAGCAUACUUACUAACGAUGCAGCUGUAUGAUAAUAUAAACCAUAGUUGUUAUCUAGUAAUAUGGUACUUUUAACAGCAUGGUUGGGGAAGUAUUUCCUUAAACAAAAUUUCGUACAAAAUCUGUAUAUCUGUAUGUAUAGUGUUACCACUUCAUUGACAACAUUAAAUAUGUACAUCUGUAUGUAUAGCGUCACCACUUCAUUGACAACAUUAAAUAUAUACAUCUGUAUGUAUAGCGUCACCACGUCAUUGACAACAUUAAAUCUGUAUAUCUGGAUAUAUAGUGUUAUCACUUCAUUGACAACAUCAAAUUUGUAUAUUUGUAUGAUAGAUGAGGAUAACGAACAGUGAUCAAUAUCAUUAUUCCUAUAAGCAAUAAUAAAUAAAGAGUUGGAGAAAGAUAGACCCCUGGACCCUUAUUCACAAAACAUCUUACGACUACACCGGAAAAAAAAUUCUGUCUGAUAAUCAAAUACCGAUCACAGGGUCAAAAGUAUGUAUUCAAGUUUUAUAAACCAUGGAUGUACUUUACAUAUUGAUUAAGAAAUCUACAAGAAAUGAAAUAUAAGAUAUUUACAAUGUUCAUUAAUUUUGAUCUUAGUCGUACAUGUAAGAUAUUUUGUGAAUAAGGGCCCUGGACAU